AUGGAGCAAAGAGAAGAGAAGACCGAAAAUAUCCAGAGAAAAAGAAGCAGAGGAAAAUCUUCAUCAUCAUCCUUACCUCUCGAUCUAACCUCGGAGAUAUUCUCAAGGCUGCCUGCGAAGUCUGUCGUGAGGUUUCGUUGUGUUUCAAAGCUUUGGUCAUCAAUCACCACCGCUCCAUAUUUCACCAACUCCUUUGAAACUCGGCCGAAUCUCAUGUUCUUUUUCAAAGAAGGUGACAAGUUCUUUGUUUUCACGAUUCCUCAACACAAUCAGAAUCCGAACGAGUCUUAUUCUUAUUCUUCUUCUGAGAUUAUUGAUAGUUACCAUACAACCUAUCCAAAACGUUGUUGCGUCACCACUUUAACCGAGUCGGUCCACGGCUUGAUCUGCUUUCGAAAAGCAGCAACCCCUAUAAUUUGGAACCCUACUAUGAGAAAGUUCAAACCUUUACGCAAGCUGGAUGAGAGGUGGAAGAAUAUAAAAGUCUCUUUAGGGUACGAUCCAGUUGAUGGUAAACACAAAGUAGUGUGCAUGCCGUAUGGUAAUGCUUUUUAUGAGUGUCGGGUGUUAACAUUGGGAUCAGAUCAAGAAUGGAGAACUGUUAAAACCAACCACAAAAAUAGCCCUUUUACAUUCCAUGGUGGAGUUUGUUAUAGACAAUCCAGAUGCAUCAACGGUGUUAUAUAUUAUCGAGCUGAUACUAAUUCUGGUCGGGUGAUAUUGAGUUUCGAUGUAAGAUCUGAACGGUUCGAUGUGAUAGAAUUACCAUGGGAUGAGAAUUUUGGGCUUGUGAUGAUGAUGUCUUAUAAAGGAAGGUUAGCUUGUCUUGGUUUCAAUCAUGAGAAGAAUAGUCGUUCAAUGUGGGUUUUGGAGAAUGUAGAGCAGCGCGAAUGGUCGUGUCAUACCUAUUUACCUAUUUCUCAUUAUGAGCCGGGUUUGGAGAACUAUUUCAAUCUAACAGGUAUCACUAAUGAUGGUGAACUGAUUUACGUACCAAACACUGUGCUCGAACGUUUUCAUGUUAUAUAUUUUGAUGCAAUAAGAGAGACGUUUAGAAGAGUCAUAUACAAAGGAGUUGCAGAUAAAGGUUUUCGACUACGCAAUGGACUUGAAGACAAACCUAUACGUAGACUCCACUUUUUCCCCAAUCACAUUGAAACUCUCAUGUCUUUGUAA